AUGCAGCUGCCCAAUAGUUUGUACACGCUUGCCUUUGGCGAGAAGUUUGACCGGAGCUUGAAGGGCAUCAAUCUACCCAGCAGCCUCGAGACAUUGAGCUUUGGCUACCAAUUUAAUCAGAGCUUGCGAGGAGCUCGGCUACCCAACAGCUUGCGGACGCUGACCUUUGGCCUGCACUUCAACCAAAGCCUGGAGAAAGUGCAGCUACCUGAACGACUGCAAGAUUUGACUUUUGGCGACGAGUUUAACCAAAGCUUGAAGGGAACCACUCUCCCCCACGGUUUGCGCUUUUUAAGCUUUGGCUACAGCUUCAACCAGAGCUUGGAAAGCGCACAGCUACCCAGCAGCCUGCAGACCUUGACCUUUGGCACACGUUUCAACCAGAGCUUGGAGGGUGUUCAACUUCCCAGCAGCUUGCAGACACUGACGUUUGGCAACGACUUCAACCUGAGUUUGGAAGGGACUCAGCUGCCCGACAGCCUUCAGACUUUGACUUUUGGCGGCAACUUCGACAAGGCCAUGGAAAAGGUCCAGCUACCCCCAGGCCUUCGAAGUUUGACGUUCGGUCGCAGCUUUGGCCGCAGCUUGGAUGGUGUUCGGCUCCCGCGCCUCCAAACGUUGACCUUCGUUGAGUCGUACUUCAACCAGAGCUUAGAAGGGGUCGUCCUACCCAACUGCCUUGAAACGCUGACCUUCGGCUUGCACUUCAACCAGAGUUUGGAGAGAGUGCAGCUACCCGAACACCUGCAGACCUUGACGUUCGGCUGCGAUUUCAACCAGAGCUUGGAGCAAGUCAUCCUGCCCAGUGGCCUGCAAGCCCUGACGUUUGGCAACAGCUUCAACCGCAGCUUGGAGGGUGUGCAGCUGCCGAAAAGCCUGCGGACUUUGAGGUUUUGCGAGUUCUCCCACUUCAAUCAGAGCCUGGAGGGUGUUCAGCUUCCCAGCAGCCUCGAAACUCUGACUUUUGGCUACUUUUUCAACCAGAGCCUGCGGUGGGUCCAGCUGCCCAGCGGCUUACAGACGCUGACCUUCGGCGAGAAGUUUAAUCGGAGCCUGGAGGGGGUCCAGCUGCCAAGCAGCCUGCAGACACUGAGAUUCGGAAAUCAGUUCAACCAGAGCUUGCAAGCAGUGAGGCUUCCUAGCUUGCAGACUCUGAUCUGCGGCCGCGAUUUCGUGCAGAGCUUGCAUGGGGUCGAGUUGCCGAGCAGCCUACAGACGUUGAUCUUCGGCGAAUUCUCCUUCUUCAACCAAAGCUUGGAGGGGAUUCAGCUGCCCAGCGGCCUGCAAAGGUUGACUUUGGGACGGCACUUCAACCAGAGCCUGGAAAAAGUGCAGCUGCCCGAAGGCCUGAGGAAAUUGACCUUUGACCACAGCUUCAACCAGAGCUUGGAGGAUGUCCAACUACCCGAAAACCUGCAGACAUUGGCAUUUGGCAACGACUUCAACCAGAGUUUGGAGGGGACGCAGCUGCCCGACAGCCUGCAGUCUUUGACCUUUGGCAACAGCUUCAACCAAAGCUUAGAAGGAGUCCACCUCCCGAGCAGCCUGCAGUUCUUGGUCUUCGGCAGAAAUUUCAACCAGAGCCUUUCAGGUGUGCAACUGCCGCAAGGCCUUCGGACCUUGACCUUCGGUGUGGCCUUCAGCCAGAGCCUCCAGGGACUUCCGCUGCCCAGCAGCCUCCAAAACGUGACUUUCAGGGAUGGUUGCGUAGUGACAGCAGGAGCCCAGAUGCCGGAGGCAAAAGAAAUCUUCUUCAAACCUUUUGGUCUUGCGUUCGCUCUGGCGCUCCGUGCGUGGUUUGUAGAAUUUCAAGCCCAAGAGCUCGGAUGA